AUGUCGGAUGAUGGCAAAUCGGACCUGGACGACCCCACUUCAGAGCUCGAUCCGAAAAACCUCAGCCCGACUUCAGAACUCGCACCAUACGCCCUCCGCAUAAGCUGUGGGGCCCGCGAAGACAUUCGAUCUCCCCCUACCAACACUCUCUGGUACAAAGACUUCGCCUACACCGGCGGCGUCCCGGGCAACGCCUCCCGCCCCAGCUUCAUCACCCCCGUUCUCCGCACGCUCCGCUACUUCCCCACAUCCGACGGCCCCGAGAACUGCUACAACAUCAACCGGGUCCCACACGGCCACUACCUCGUCCGCAUCUACCUCGGCCUAUUACAAGACGCAGCCUUCGGAAACGAGCCCCUUUUCGACAUUUCGGUCGAAGGCACGCUCAUAUACUCCCUCCCCACAGGCUGGAGCAAUCAUGACGAGCAAUCCUUUGUCGAGGCCCUUGUCUUCUUAAAAGAAGGUACUGUUUCUAUCUGCUUCCACAGCACGGGCCACGGGAGCCCGUCUGUGCUCGCUGUAGAAAUCCUACAAAUCGACAACCGAGCCUACUAUUUCGGGCAAGGCUACGGCCAGGGCACGAUCCUCCGCACGCUCACUCGUCUCAGCUGCGGUACGAACAAACCGAAGUUCGGUUCGGAUUACGGCGGGGACACGUGGGGUGGUGAUCGAUUUUGGGAUGGGAAGGAGUCGUUAUAUUCGGGCUCCGAUCGGGUGUUAACGGCCGAGAGUGGGAUCAAAGGAGCCUCCCAAGCUCCGAAUUUCUAUCCCGAGGCUCUUUAUAAGACGGCGAUUUUGAGCGGUGAUGGGGUGCCGGAUUUGGAGUUCACAAUCGAGGUGGAGCCCGUGAGGAAUUAUUCUCUGUGGCUGCAUUUUGCGGAGAUCGAUCCGUCCGUGACGGGGCCCGGGCAGAGGGUGUUUAACGUGCUGAUCAAUGGAGAUGUUGUGUUGCAGGAUGUGGAUGUGGUGAGAAUGAGUGGGGGAGUGAAUACUGCGCUCGUUCUGAACACGACAGUUAGUGUUGGUGGGAGGAGUUUGACGGUGACCCUGCGGCCCACGAAGGGGGAUCGUGCGAUAAUUAGCGCUGUCGAGGUUUUGGAGAUUGUGCUAGCCGAGUCCAAGACUUCGUCGGAAGAAAUUAGAGCAUUACACAAGUUGAGGGAUGCGCUGGGUCUUCCUCUUCGUCUGGGGUGGAAUGGGGAUCCGUGCGUACCCGAGCAGCAUCCGUGGAGUGGAGUGGACUGUCUAUAUGACAGGAACAUAUCUAAGCACGUAAUCGAUGGAGUAGGCCUUGACAACCAAGGUUUGAAUGGUUUCUUACCAAACGAUGUAUCGCGACUCCGUCAUCUCCAAAGCAUUAAUUUGAGUGGGAACAGCAUUUCUGGGGUCAUUCCAUCUUCGCUCGGAACUCUAUCUCGCCUGGAGAUACUGGAUUUGUCAUACAACUUUUUCAACGGAUCCAUUCCUGACAGCCUUGGACAGCUAACCUCGUUAAGGAUAUUGGACUUGAACGGUAAUUCUUUAUCAGGGAGAGUUCCAUCGGCACUUGGGGGAAGACUCUUGCAUGGAGCUAGCUUCAAUUUUACAGACAAUUCAGGUCUUUGUGGCAUCCCUGGAUUAUCGCCGUGUGGGACCCACCUUUCUCCCGGUGCUAAAGUUGGUGUUGUGCUCGGAUCUUGCGUGGCAUUUCUACUUAUCGCGACAUGCGUUACGUGUUGGUGGAAAAGGAGGCAAAAUAUUCUUCGAACUCAGAGAAUUGCAGCGAGAGAUGCUCCUUACGCAAAAGCCCGAACCCAUUUCAACCGUGACGUACAAAUGACGAGACAUCAUGGCAACGAGAGUUCCCGAGCAGCAGUCGAGAACGGGCCGAGCUUGCUGGCCUGA